UUUGAGCCUUCAGGGACAUUUCUACAUUUGGGCUGCUCAGGUUUUGAGACCAAUUUGCCGGCCCGAUCUGCUCCGAAUCGAGGCGGCAACGGCCAACGAGGCACUUGCGGACUGCAAUAAAAAAAAAAACAAAAAUCUAAUCAAACGGCCGGUAGAAAAUGGAAAAAGCCGCCGUAGAAAAAAAAUCACAAAUGCUACCCGAACUUAUCUUCUCUUACAAUUCCAACCCUCUGCGGCUCUGUCUCUGGUCAAAACGCCGGCCAUUCAAUCAAUGUGAGGAUUAUAACAAACGGAGCGCGGACGGACACGAUUCCGUGGUUGGAGCCAGAAGUUAAACCGUACAAGACGACGGAAAUCAUCAAUUCCGCCAACUCCGAUUCUCCACGCCGUUUCCAAUUUCGUCCUCUCGCCGGAACGAAGAGGAGAGGGGAGACUAACUAAGUGCAGCUGCGAUGAUGAUGAGCCUCGUUUCCACCGGCGGCCACUCCCUGGCUUCGGGGCCGCUCCCUAACUUCAGGACGAAGCCACCGCAGCGCCGGAGACCUGCGCUGCCUUAUCUGAAGACCCCGCGCGCCGCCAUCGUGGAGUCGAGGCCGGUGAGAGUAGCGCCUGCGACAAGGGAUAACGGUAGCGGCGGGCUGGUCCUCGUUUCAGCCGGAGCCGCCGGAGGAGUAGGAGGAGGAGGUAGUCGAGCUGAGGAUAUGCAGGCGGAAGCUAGAGCCAUGGCUCGUGCAGUUGAUGCUCCGGUUUUCAAUCCUGAGCUUAUUGCUAGCAAGUAUGGCCGGAGACCUAUCGAGGUUGUGAGGAGGAUGCUGGAGAUUUUGACAGCGAUAGGUUCGUUUGGGUUGAAGCUGUGGUUGGACGAGAGAAACGGAGUGUUCGAUCAGAAUAAGAAAGUCCGGGCGACGGAGCUUAGGCAGAUUUUCACUCGAUUGGGGCCGACUUUCGUCAAAUUAGGGCAAGGACUCUCCACCAGGCCUGAUAUCUGCCCUCCCGAGUUUCUGGAGGAGCUCUCCGAGCUUCAGGACGACCUGCCCACAUUCCCUGAUGAGGAAGCAUUUGCCUGCAUCGAGAGGGAGUUGGGGGUGUCUCUCGACUCCAUUUACUCAACGAUUACGCCCUCUCCUGUUGCAGCUGCGAGUCUCGGCCAAGUAUACAAAGCUAAGCUCAAGAACUCUGGACAAACUGUUGCUGUAAAGGUCCAACGCCCCGGAAUCGAGAAGGCUAUUGGCCUUGAUUUCUACCUCAUAAGGGGGCUUGGCGGAUUGAUCAACAAAUACGUUGAUUUCAUCACCAGUGAUGUUGUUGCUCUGAUUGAUGAAUUUGUAUUCAGAGUGUAUCAGGAGCUCAACUAUGUCCAGGAGGGGCAAAAUGCAAGGAGAUUUAAGAAGUUGUAUGCUGACAAGGAAGAUAUAAUGGUUCCUGAUAUUUUCUGGGAGUACACAAGUGGCAAAGUUUUGACAAUGGAAUGGGUAGAGGGUGUUAAGUUGAAUCAACAAGAGGCUAUAGAGGGUCAAGGGUUGAAGGUUCUCGAUCUUGUGAACACGGGCAUACAGUGCAGCCUCAGGCAGCUCCUUGAAUAUGGAUAUUUCCAUGCAGACCCUCAUCCUGGUAAUCUGUUGGCAACACCAGAGGGAAAGCUUGCUUUUCUUGAUUUUGGUAUGAUGAGUGAGACACCAGAAGAGGCAAGGUUUGCUAUAAUUGGUCACGUGGUACACCUGGUUAACAGAGAUUAUGAAGCUAUGGCUCAGGAUUAUUACGCUCUCAAAUUCCUCUCUCCAGAUGUCGAUGUUACCCCGAUUGUUCCAGCAUUGCAGAAUUUCUUUGAUGAUGCACUCAAUUAUACCGUCAGUGAACUCAACUUCAAAACCCUAGUGGAUGGACUGGGAGCUGUUUUCUAUCAGUACCCAUUUAAUGUUCCAGCAUACUAUGCAUUGAUAUUGAGAUCCCUCACUGUGCUCGAAGGAUUGGCCCUUUAUGCUGAUCCUAAUUUCAAGGUUCUGGCUGCUUCAUACCCUUAUUUCGCAAAAAGGCUUCUCACUGACCCGAACCCAUAUCUAAGAGAUGCUCUUGUUGAGCUGCUUUUUAAAGAUGGGAGGUUCAGGCACGUCUCUCACACUCUCUCUCUCUGUGUCUGCUUCCUUUGAUUCCUUGGGAUGCUUGGAUGGUUCAAUAUUCUCUAACUUGUGUUGCAGAUGGGCGCGACUUGAAAAUCUACUUGAACAAGGAAGCAAAGACCGAGAUUUUUCAGCAAAAGAUGCUUUACAGCCCGUUUUGAAACUACUGUUGGCCCCAGAUGGUGAAGAGUUGAGAAGAUUGGUUGUGAAGGAAGCUGUAUACGUAUCAGAAGCCGUAGUUUUGACCUCAGUUGUUGAUACUUACAACUCCAUACCCACUGUCUUAAGACCUCCAAUCCUGAAUGGGAAUGGAAGAGGGCCUCUCCCGAUGACUGAUGCUGAAGUGCUAAGAAUUAGGGAGUUCAGAGACCUAGUUGUCAGAGUAUGGGGACUUUUACAAACCUCUGAAGAUUUCGACCCAGCCCUUUUGCAACCUAUAUUGCAGGUCCUUCAACAGCCCGAGGCACGCAGUCUUGGUGGACGUGUCAUUGGUGGAGUAACUCAACGCCUUGCAGCACGAUUGUUGCAGCAAGUGCUUCGGACGCCACCACCUGUUCCAACCUCAUAGGCGAUUUCUGAUCUUGGUUUCAGGUAAGAAAGAUUCAUGUAAACUUGUACACUACUGAAAAGAAGGGGUGGGUAAAGGGUGAAAAUUUGAGAUGCUGAUUGGAUGCUCUCGCCAAUUGUUUCUCACAAUCAUGUAUAAUAGACAAACUUCCAAUACUCAUAAUUCAAUUCGAAUCCAGCACAUUGACAGGCAGUAGACGAUCUUGUGUUGGGGAAAUCGAACACAACUGUGUAUAUAUUUUACCAUCUUGUUGAACUCUCGAGUG